AUGGAUAUAUUUUUAAGACCGUUGGUGGAUGAAUUAAAGGAGUUGUGGAAUAAUGGGGUACCAACGAGAGAUAGUUCGACCAACUCGAUGUUCACCAUGCGUGCUGCGCUUUUGUGGACAGUGAAUGAUUUUCUUGCUCGUAGUAGCUUGUCUGGGUGGAGUGGUCAAGGUUAUAAAGCUUGCCCUACUUGUAAUGAAGACACGACGUCCAUUCGAGUGAUCGGGAAGACAUCAUAUGUUGGUCAUAGAAGGUUCUUGCCAAGUAACCAUGCAAUGAGAAGGGAUACUCGAUUUGAUGGUAAAGUUGAAAGAAGACCUGCUCCAAGACGAUUUACUUGUGAAGAGAUAUUAUCACAAGUUAAUACUCUCGAACCCCAAAUUCCUGAACAUCAUGAAAAUUUUGGGAGCGUGAAACGUAGAAGAGUUGCAGAAACUUGUAAUUGGAGGAAAAAAAGUAUUUUCUACGAGUUGGAGUAUUGGAGCACGAAUAUUUUAAAACACAACCUUGAUGUCAUGCAUGUUGAGAAGAAUGUGUGUGACAGUCUCCUAGGAACUAUUUUGGAUAAUGAUAAAUCAAAGGACACAACCAAUGCGCGACAUGAUUUAAAGAAGAUGGGUAUAAGGGAAUCGUUGUGGAUUUACGAAGAUGGGAAUGGCAGGCUAAUGAAACCGCAUGCUCCUUAUGUUUUGACUCGUGAGAAAAGACAACUUUUUUGUCAGUUUGUUAAAGGAAUCAAGUUUCCCGAUGGCUUUUGUUCAAAUUUAAAGAGCAAAGUUUCUCCAGAUGAGUCUAACAUUAUUGGGUUAAAAUCCCACGAUUGUCAUGUCAUUAUGCAGCGAGUACUAGCGGUUGGUGUCCGUAAAUUUCUACCUCGUGACACUGCAACAACUAUUACUCAGCUGUCUUUUUUUGACAUAAUGAUACAUUUGGUAUUGCAUUUGCCUGAAGAAGCGAUACUGGGUGGCCCGGUCUUUAUGAGAUGGAUGUAUCCUUUUGAAAGAUUUAAUCGGCUUGAUCAAAAUGAAGAUGCGCCUUCUGUGUCUUGCUAUCUUUCAGUUUUUAAUUCUCAAUCUCGUCCUUUGAUUAGCGGAAUUAUCAAGCCUCUUGAUCAUAUCGGUCGUGAAAAAGCUGAGUGGUACAUUCUUCGAAAUUCUCCUGAAAUCCAAGCUUACUUAGAUGAACAUUUGGACAAGAUCAAACAUGAAUAUCCUAAUGGUAAUCACGAUGUCUUGCAUAGGCAAACUUUCCGUCUGUGGUUUCAUAAGAAGAUAUAUGAGUUGCACAAGCUUGGAACUUUACAAAAUGGUGAUGAGUUACUCGCUCUAGCUUCUGGCUCCGAUUACUUAGCAACAUUUUACGAAAGUUGUGUAGUGAAUGGUGUUCGGUUUAUUGCGUCGAAGCGAGACAAAAAGCGGAAGACACAAAAUAGUGGUGUUACUUUUGCUGGAACUGAAGGGUUUAAUUACUACGACACACUUGAAGGUGUAAUCACUAUAUCUUAUACUGGUGCAUAUACAGUGACAUUGUUUGAAUGUAAAUGGUAUAACACUAAUCCAUUAAGAAAGAAGACAAUCACUGAAAAUAAUAUAACCAGUAUAAAUACUCGUGGAUAUUGGUAUCACUACUACAAAUUAGGCCUUUAG